AUGGACGAGCCUCCUCAGGAAGCCCCAGACGAAUCAUCCAACCAUGAAAACGCGGCUCAACUCCCAGAUAACCGGAAGACCAAGGGAGAAGGAGGAGCAGGCCAGGCGACUAACAAAGGUUCUGAACAUGCCGGGGUUGGAUCAUCUGAGUCAACUGACGACCAGGCAUCCAGCCAAGGUGCUAGCUCAGGGUCUAGACGGACUGAACAAAGAGCCUAUGAAGAGCUGACCGAACACAGAUCGCCUGGCCGUGCUGAGAGGAAAGCAUCUCAGCAAGUCGACCGCAGAUCAUCUGGCCAGGCUGAGAGAAGAACUUCUGAGUCACCUAACCAACAAUUGCCUAGCUCCCUUGAGGGGAAAGCCUCUGAGCGGACUGACCGAGGAACUUCGGGGUAUGCUGACCAGGUUCCAUCAGACUCUGGAGUACCAGGAAAGAGUCAACGCCAAGUAUACAACCAAGAUGGUUACCAGACGGAAGACUUUACUGAUGAAUACCGGUUUAGUGAGGAUGAGGAAACCGACUAUGAACAUGGAAAAGAGGCUGACUAUCAUUUAUACUGCAAAACACUUGGCCAGUCUGAUAACCAAUCGUCAUCCGAAGACAACAAAGACGUCAGAGCAGCUGACCAUAAAAUCCAGCCUUGCAUGUUUGAAGAUAGUCCAACAGAAAUCAGAUCCAAAGUUUCAACUGGAGGGGAAACAGAAAGCUCAGGCACUAUCCAAGGCUACAACCCACCCGACACCGAAUUCACCAGUGACACCCAGUCCUCAUAUGAAAAACUGCCCUCCAUCACAACCAAAGUGUACUAUUCCUCCAGUCAAGAUAAAUAUCAAACCACAGAAAUCACUACUGAUGUUACUACAGAAUUUGAGCAAAGAAAGGGCUCACAAAGGCACAGCCACACUCCCAGGAGGCGGUUUCCUCCCAUCGUUUUUGAAGACCCUUAUCAAGUUGCACUGCGCUACAUGGAGAAGCACAACAUUCUCCAGGUGUUCCAGCAGAUCACUGAAAACCUAGUCUAUGAAAAGCCAGACGAUCCCUUGGAUUUCAUGCUAGGCCAGGUGCAGGAAAUGAUCCGGCAGAGAGACGAAAGGCAAGGCAUCUGA